GUGAGAUUCGGGUCGGUUGCGUUCUAAGAUAAUUUGUGGAUUUUUUUUUGGACAUAAUUUAAAGAAUUUAAUUUACAAAGUGAUCAAUUAAUGACGAAAUGGAUGACAUGGACAACUAUCUUCAAUAUGUAGGAGGCCCAACAGGUGCAAUUGCAUUGACUGGAGUAGCUGCAGCUUCAGCUUAUUAUUUAGCAACACGUCCAGCAUCAGAAAGUCCACUUUUUCCAUUGGAUGAGCAGACGAUACUUGAGAAGGAGGGUCCUGAUCAGAUUCACGUCUCACGGUUCUCAAAAGAUGCCAAAGAUGGAAAAUUUGUUAGCUAUUUGACUGAAGACUGUCAGACACUUUAUCAAACAUUCAGACAUGGAGCAUAUGAGUCUAAUAAUGGACAGUGUCUAGGAUGGAGGGACUCGUUGUCGUCUCCUUAUCAGUGGAUGAACUACAACGAAGCACUUUUACGUGCCAAAAACUUCGGAUCAGGUCUGCUAGCCCUUGGUCUCGAACCCGGUCAAAAGACAUUUGUCUGCAUCUACUCACAGAAUCGCCCAGAAUGGGUUCUAUGCGAACAAGGUUGCUACGACUAUUCCCUCAUUUUAGUUCCACUUUAUGACACUCUCGGUCCAGAUGCCUGUGCAUUCAUCGUUAAUCAGACAGAAUCGACAGUCGUUGUUGUUGAAGAUGACAAGAAAGUCAAUUUGUUACUUGAUAAGGCACCGAAGAAUCUCAAAAAGCUUAUUGUAAUUAAGCCAUUACGACCGGCGACCGUACAACGUGCAAAGAAUCGUGGAAUUGAUAUUCAUUCGUUUGAGGAAGUUGAGAAGUUGGGAGCAUCAAAAGGCUUUCCAGAAGUGCCGCCAAAACCGAGUGAUAUUUGUACGAUUUGUUACACGUCAGGAACGACUGGAAAUCCAAAAGGAGUAAUGCUUACACAUAAGAAUGUUUUGGCUUGUAUAGUUUGUGUUAAUAUGCAAUUAGGUGAGCACAAGCCUCGUGUCGGUGAUGUUAUGAUCUCUUUUCUACCAUUGGCUCACAUGCUUGAGCGUGCCUGUGAAAAUUCAAUGUUUUAUGUAGGUGGGUCCGUUGGCUACUACUCCGGUGACAUAAAGGAAUUGACUAACGAUUUAAAGGCUUUGAAGCCAACAGUUAUGCCAGCAGUGCCUCGCCUUCUCAACCGCGUCUACGACAAAAUUCAAAAUGAAAUUUCAUCAUCGCCAAUCAAGCGAAUGCUGUUCCGUAUGGCAUUAAAUUCAAAAGAAGCUGAAAUUCGUCGUGGAGUCAUUCGAAGAAAUAGUUUGUGGGACAAGCUAGUAUUCCGAAAGGUUCAAGAAGCAUUUGGCGGUCGACUAAGGUUGAUGGUCGUUGGAUCAGCUCCAUUGGCUGGAAAUGUUUUGACAUUCGUACGUUGUGCACUUGGAUGUAUUGUUGUUGAAGGUUAUGGACAGACUGAGUGUGUUGCUGCUGUUACGUUGACAAUACAGGGUGAUUAUAUGGUUGAACAUGUUGGACCGCCGAUUGGAUGUGCUUGCAUUAAGCUUGUGGAUGUCCCAGAAAUGGAAUAUUAUGCAGCUAAUCAACAAGGUGAAGUUUGCAUCAAAGGAUCUUGUGUUUUUCAAGGAUAUUACCGUGAUCCAGAACGAACCAUGCAGACAAUAGACUCACAAGGGUGGCAUCAUACAGGCGACAUAGGUCAAUGGUUGAGUAAUGGAACAUUGAAAAUUAUCGAUCGCAAAAAACAUAUCUUUAAGCUAAGUCAGGGCGAAUACAUUGUGCCAGAAAAGAUAGAGAAUAUUUACAUAAAUUCACAAUAUGUUGAGCAAGUCUUUGUGCAUGGAGAGAGUCUGAAGAGCUGUAUCGUUGCAAUUGUUGUUCCUGAUGUUGAGACCAUAAAAGCUUGGGCAUCUGCCAACAACAUCCCAGGAACGCUGACUGUCUUAUGUAAUAAUCCAGAGGUUAAGCAUCUUAUUUUGAGCGAUAUGAUAUCUCUUGGCAAGGAUGCUGGACUAAAGUCUUUUGAGCAAGUCAAAGACAUUUACCUCCACCCAGAUCCAUUCUCAAUACAGAAUCAACUUCUUACACCAACAUUCAAAUCGCGAAGACCACAAAUUCGUAGCUAUUUUAAGCCACAACUAGAUGACAUGUACAAGAUGCUUGAUUGAGCAAUGGCUACUGCUACGUACAUUUGGCCUGCAACUUAGUAAAAAAAAGUUUACUUAAAAUAAAUACUUAAUUAUUAAGACAAUUAUGAUAGUCAGAUACACACAUACACACACACAUAUUCACAUGUACUGAUAAGAGUCCAGCAGUGUUGCUUUCACGAUUUAAAAAAAAAUAUUGGAAAAAAAAUUAUGUUUAAUUUGGUGGGGGAGUGAGUUGGAGGGUUAGAUGAUUGGGUUUAAAUUAUAUUAAUUUACUGCAAAUUUUUGAGAUUUAAAUUUAAAAUAUCAAGAAAAAAUUAGGAAAAAUUCUAAGAAAAAAAUUGAAAAAAAAAAAUGUAUAAUUAGACUGGCUAGGUUGGAUUUAGGGGGGCUGACCCAAGAAUUAAGUAGGAAAAUUUAUUUAAAUUCUUUAAAAAAAUUCGUUGAAAUCUGAAAGAAAAGUGUUGAAAAGAUGGAAAUUAAUGUCAAAAAAAUUAAUUUCCUUUAAAGAAUCUCGACUAGGUCAAACCUCAUCAAUAAUAAUUAUGUAAAACAAUUUUAAAAGUAUGAAAUAAAUCUCAUAAAAUUGAGAAGUUUUGUAAGUAAAAAGUUGUGUAUAAAUUUAACUAAUUUGCUUUCAAAACUGGCCUAUAAAAUAUAUAAUUAAGUGCAACUGAUCUGUUGUCAAUUUAGAAUCUCAAAAGUUGUUUAAAGUUUUUUUUUGAAAAUUUUAAAUUAAGUUUUUAAGAAAGAAGUGA